CGUCCUAUGGCGUGCGGACAUCUGUUAGCUUGAGCUGCUUCUGGUAAGACACUCCACUCCAGUGCGAAGUCUCUCCGAAAAGACUCUCGAGAAGGACACCAAGUCUGAGAGGAAAGAAAGAAAAUGGGCAAAAUGCAACUUUUGGCUGCUAUUACGGUGCUUUUAGUUGCCUAUUGCGUACAAGCCAAGGUGUACCUUCGGGAAGAGUUCUUGGAUGGCGAUGAAUGGAGAAGUCGCUGGGUGGACUCCAAACACAAAUCUGACUACGGCAAAUGGAAACUGACGGCUGGCGAAUUCUAUGGCGAUGCCGAGAAGGACAAAGGUCUCCAGACAAGCCAGGAUGCUCGUUUCUAUGCAUCCUCCAUCCGAUUUGAGCCGUUCAGUAACGAAGGCAAGAGUUUGGUCAUUCAGUUCACCGUCAAACACGAGCAGAAGAUUGACUGCGGCGGCGGCUACGUCAAGGUCUUCCCGGCGGACAUGGAACAGACCGCCAUGCAUGGGGACUCCACAUACUACAUCAUGUUUGGCCCGGACAUUUGUGGCUAUAGCACCAAAAAGGUCCAUGUCAUUUUCAAUUACAAGGGCCAGAAUCACCUCAUCAAGAAGGAAAUCAAGUGCAUGGACGAUGAACUCAGCCACCUGUACACGCUCAUCCUAAACCCCGACCAGACCUACGAAGUGAAGAUCGACAACAAGAAGGUGGAGUCGGGCAGCCUGGAAGAGGACUGGGACUUCCUGCCCCCAAAGAAGAUCAAGAACCCUGAAGCCAAGAAGCCAGAGGACUGGGAUGACCGCGCCAAGAUCGACGAUCCCGACGACACCAAGCCCGAGGACUGGGACAAGCCUGAAAACAUCCCUGACCCUGAUGCCAAAAAGCCAGACGACUGGGACGAAGACAUGGAUGGAGAAUGGGAGCCUCCCAUGAUCCCCAACCCAGAAUACAAGGGAGACUGGAAACCCAAGCAGAAGGACAAUCCCAACUACAAAGGAGUCUGGGUCCACCCUGAGAUUGACAAUCCUGACUACAGCCCUGACGCGACCAUCUACAAGUUUGACAACAUCGGCGUGAUUGGUCUUGACCUUUGGCAGGUCAAAUCCGGCACCAUCUUUGACAACUUUCUGAUCACGGAUGACGCGAAGGAAGCCGAGGACAUCGGGAACGAGACGUGGGGUGUCACAAAGGAACCCGAGCGUAAAAUGAAAGAGGAACAAGAUGAUGUGAAACGCAAGGAAGAGGAGGAGAAAAACAAAGAGCAGGACACCCACGGCGAGGACGAAGAUGGGGAGGACGAGGAUGAUAAUGACGAUGAGGACGAGGAUGAUGAUGACGAUGAGGAUGAAGAUGAUGCAAAGCCCAAAGAUGAGCUUUGAGAAGGUCUGCUUUGCAGAAAGAGAAAAAAACUGUGUACAUUCCGGGGAUUUCGUGGCUGCUGUGCAUCCUCACCCUAAAAAAAAUAAAAUGUCAACAAGGGAGGAUAGCUUCACUUUGGCCGUUAUGUCACCAUUGCAUCUCCUAACAACUGGCUCGAUGCACAAUUGCAAUUCUAUUUUUCUCAAACUUCAUCUUCUUAGAGAAAGAAGCUGUCAUUUCGCCUUCCCAUUUGAGUCUGAGUGAAGGCUUAACAUGUCGCAUUAUUCACAUUUAAGUGGUAACAUGUCUUUUGCUGUGGAAAACAAUUAAAUGUGUACUGUUCAAAUCACCUACAAUAAUCAAGGAUGCAAUUGUACUGUUUACAUACCACUCAUCUUAUAGCGCAAAUAAGAAUUGCCCGAAUACAAUGCCUUCAAAUGAUGUGAAAUCACCUGUCUACGUUUUAAUUCUAGUGUGAUCAAAGCAGUCUGGUGAACAGACCCUUUUCUGGUGUGAAUAGAGCAAGGGUGUGCUCGUUUCUAUUGGUCCAAAUAAAUGAUUAUACAAAAGUUUUUAUAAAA